AUGGUGACAAAUGUUGCAGAAGUUACCAAUGUUUUUAUUGGUGAUAGUAUAUUGAAGGUAAUGAUUGCUAUUACAUUUUUAAGGCCAGAGGGUAGUGGAAAACUUGUACUUGAUGGUGAUGAACAAUUACAGAAAAUAUUAUCUUUGUAUAGAAAUUGUAAAGAGAUACAUGUAUUUGUGAUUGCUGAAGUUGGGUCUCAGGUGGGACUCCCACCUUCUCCAGAUGUAGGAAUAGGUGAAGAGCCAAAUCUAGAUGAAAUUAAUGACAAUGAACCUAAUGGUGAAAAUGAUGACAAGGAUGCAAAUAGGCAUAAAGUUGAUGAUGUAAAUGGGGAUGAAUAUACAGGUGGGGGUGGUGAAAAUGAUGAAAGGGAUGCGAAUAGUCAUAAAGUUGAUGAUGUAAAUGGGGAUGAACAUAUGAGUGAGGGUGGUGAAAAUGAUGACAAUGUUUAUGGUUUCAGUUUUGAGGAUGAGGACUGGAUUGUUGAGGGUGAUGAUGUCCCAAAUGUUAGGUAUGAGUCUCAUGAUGAUACCAUCAACACACAAUUAAAUGAAAAUAGUGACGAUGGAUUUUCAGAUUAUCAAUCAAGGGAUGAAGGCUAUGUUAGUAGUACAGAUUUGAAGGAACUUGAGGCUGAAGUAGAUGAAAUACAUAUAAAGGGGUAA